UUGGCAUUUACAUGGUUGGGUUUUUCGUGAUAUAUAUAGAACCAGAAACAAACUUUCAUCUUUCUGAUUUUAGGGUUAGGGUUUAUAUCGUGCAGCAGCUACAACCAACGCAGCAACCAUGGUUCUCAAAACUGAACUCUGCCGAUUCAGUGGUGCAAAGAUCUACCCAGGAAGAGGCAUCAGAUUUAUUCGCAGUGAUUCUCAGGUUUUCCUGUUUGUGAACUCGAAAUGCAAACGGUAUUUCCACAACCGUUUGAAGCCUUCAAAGCUCACCUGGACUGCAAUGUACAGAAAACAGCACAAGAAGGACAUUGCUCAAGAAGCAGUGAAGAAGAGACGCCGUGCAACCAAGAAGCCAUACUCCAGGUCCAUUGUUGGUGCUACCCUGGAAGUUAUUCAGAAGAAAAGAGCUGAAAAGCCUGAAGUUAGAGAUGCAGCCAGGGAAGCUGCUCUGCGUGAAAUUAAAGAGAGGAUUAAAAAAACAAAGGAUGAGAAGAAAGCCAAGAAAGCAGAAGUUGCAUCUAAGGCACAGAAAUCCGGCAAAGGGAAUGUUCAGAAGGGUGGUUUGCCCAAGGGUCCUAAAAUUGGUGGUGGUGGCGGGAAACGCUGAGUGUUCCAGUUUUGGCUUUUGAAACUUCUGUACUGAUAUAAUUUAUUUGCUUGAUUAGCCUUUUAUAUUACUGUAUUAUCACACUUGUGUUUGGAGCUUUAGACAGUACCUGGUUACUGAAUGCAUUUUGCUAGUUAUGUUAUAUUUUUUUGCGCUAA